AUGGCGGCUGUUAACUUGGUGCACGUAGUGUACCAGUUCAUGCUGGCGACCGCUACGCCUCUAGCACAACGGGCACUUUGGUUCGUCGUCGUGCCUCUAAUGCUAGUGCUGUUGCCUGUCAUCUGCCGAUGCCUCCACCACCGCCCCAACGACGGUGACGACGAGAGGAAGCAGUCGAAGCCUCUCCUGCCGUCGCCUCCGGGGAGGCUGCCGGUCAUCGGCCACCUGCACCUCAUCGGCGACCUCCCACACGUCUCCCUCCGUGACCUCGCCACCAAACAUGACCGUGGUGGCGGCCUCAUGCUCCUCCAACUCGGCACCGUCCCCAACCUCGUCGUCUCCUCCCCGCACGCGGCGCAGGCGGUCCUCCGGACGCACGACCACGUCUUCGCCUCGCGGCCGACGCCCAAGGUCUUGCACAACUUCCUGUACGGGUCGUCGACCAUCGCCUUUGGACCCUACGGUGAGCACUGGCGUAAGGUUAGGAAGCUUGUCACCACGCGCCUCUUCACCGUCAAGAAGGUGAACUCGUUUCACCAUGCCCGCCAAGAGGAGGUGCGCCUGGUGAUUGCCAAGCUGAAGAAGGCCAUGGCUACAGGCAUGGCAGUGGACAUGAGCGAGACGAUGAACACGUUCGCCAACGACAUCAUGUGCUGCGUGCUGUGGGGCAAGUUCUUCAGGGAAGACGGCCGGAACAAGACCUUCCGGGAGCUGAUUGAGAUGAAUGUUGCCCUGUAUGCAGGGUUUAGCCAAGAAAACUAUUUCCCAGGGCUUGUGAAUUCGCUAGGUAUCUUCACCAGGUUGCUGAGAAGAAAGGCGGACGAGACGCAUGAAAGAUGGGACGACGUGCUUGAAAAUAUCAUAAAAGACCAUGAGAGGCGAGCUGAGCAAGAAGAGAGUGCAGACUUCGUUGACCUGAUGCUCUCUGUUCAACAAGAGUACGGUAUCACCAGAGAUCAUAUCAAGGCCAUCUUGAUGGACCUGUUUGAUGCGGGCACGGGCACAUCAUACUUGACGCUUGAACUUGCCAUGGCUGAGCUCAUUAUGCGCCACCCUCAUAUCAUGACCAAGCUACAAGCUGAGGUCAGGAACAAGACACCAAAUGGACAGGAAAUGGUCAGGGAAGAGGACCUAGCUAGCAUGGCCUAUCUGAGAGCCGUCGUGAAGGAGACGCUAAGGGCUGCAGCCGUCGACUUCAAGGGGAAUGACUUCCAGUUCAUACCAUUUGGAGCUGGUCGAAGGAUGUGCCCUGGCAUCAACUUUGGGUUGGCCACUGUUGAGAUCAUGCUGGCAAACCUCAUGUACUGUUUUGAUUGGGGGCUGCUGGCUGGUAUGGACAAGGAGGAUAUUGAUAUGACAGAAGUUUUUGGUUUGACGGUUGACCGAAAGGAGAAGCUCAUGCUCGUUCCGAAACUACCUGGUAGCGCUAGCUGCGCAUAA